GCUCCGCCGGGUCUCCGGUCCGGCCUCCUCGCGGCCCCACCCCCGUCCCCACCCAGCCAGGUCUGGGGAAGCGGCAGCCGAGCGGAAGCGGCAGUCGGAGGAGCGGCGGCGCCGCGCACGGAGCCCGCAGACAUGAGUGAGUCCGUUGUCUGCACCACCCGAGCCACUGUGAUGCUGUAUGAUGACGCCAACAAGAAAUGGGUGCCCGCAGGUAGCGGGCCCCAGGCCUUCAGCCGCAUCCAGAUCUACCACAGCCCCGUCAACAACACGUUCCGGGUCGUGGGGAGAAAGAUGCAGCCGGACCAACAGGUGGUCAUCAACAGCCCGAUUGUGAAAGGGCUAAAAUACAACCAGGCUACGCCCAACUUUCACCAGUGGCGAGAUGCCCGCCAGGUCUGGGGACUCAACUUUGGCACCAAAGAGGACGCUAGCCAGUUUGCUGGUGGGAUGAUGGCCGCCCUGGAGGCUCUGGAUUCAGGAAACCCUGCAGCUCCACGGCCCAUCCAGAACGGCCCCACGGCGGAAGAGAUGGCGGAGCAGCAGAAAAGGCAGCAGCAGCUGGAGAGGGAGCAGCAGGAACAGGCCGAGAGAGAGCGGAGGGUGACCAUCUCAGUGCCUGCAGGGACCCCUUCAGGAGGAGGACCCCCGCCCCCACCAGGACCACCGCCCGCCCCGCCAUGCCCGCCCCCGGGCCCACCGCCAGGAGCGCCAGCGGGGCCACCCCCACCUCCGGGGCCUCCGCCGCCGCCCGGCCCUCCGCCCGGCCCCCCUGGCCCUCCACCUCCGGGAGGGGGGCCACCCCCUGCGCCGCCCCUCCCGCCUCCCCAGGGCCCGGCAGGAGGGGGCGGCCCGCCCUCCGGCUUGGCUGCUGCCCUCGCAGGGGCAAAGCUCAAGAAAGUGGGCAAGGAGGAGGCGCCAAAGGCCGCGGCUGGCGCAGCUCCCCCACCGAGUGGAGGGGGAGGCGGGGGGCUCAUGGAGGAAAUGAGCGCCAUGUUGGCGCGGCGGAGGAAAGUUGCGGAUCAGGGUGAGAAACCCAUUCCAAAGAAAGAUGAAGGUCCCCAAAACGACACGGAAGCUGGUGCCAAGACCACAGAUCCCUUCCGCAGGCCUUGGGAGAAGACCAGCACGACGCUACCCAGGAUGAAAUCCGCCGGAGCGAUCACCGGUUCGGAACCUGCUGGUGGCGGCGGAGGAGGAGGAGAUGAGUCGGAGCUGGAACGGGUGAAACAGGAACUCUUGCAGGAGGUCCGGCGGGAAUUACAGAAAAUGAAAGAGGAGAUCAUACAAGCAUUUGUGACAGAGCUACGGAAGCGGGGGUCUCCUUAGUGCAAACCCCCCCCCCCCA